UAAUGUGAUUCAUGCCUCUUCACCCCCGGGACGCUAUAUAAGAUGAGUCAAUCUGAAAUUUGCAUGUAUUUUCAAUAUUUCGCAAGACCACAACGCAUCUCCUGCUUUCUCAACUUGACCAUACGUUACCCUGGCAAGAUGAAGUCGUUUGUCCUGGUCACCCUGGCUGUGGUGGUUCUCUCGGCGGCAGGCGAGGAGCAGAAGGUGAUGCUGUGUGGGCGAGAACUGGCGCGGGCCAGGGUGCUUCUAUGCUUUGGCUCUGAAUACAUGUUCAAGAGAAGCGUGGACCAACUGGAACCAUUAAUGUUUAAUUACCUCCACUUUAAUCCUUCCUUUUAUUUCACAGUGGACGACCAGGGCUGGCUCUGGGGCGGGCGACGCGACGCCCUGGGCGCGCGUUGGGGGCGCCACAAGCGAGGCCUCGUGGACGAGUGCUGCCUCAAGUCAUGCACUACGGAGGUGAUCCGGACCUACUGCUAGGCCUCCACCAGACACGAUUACACAUAUUAUAUCCAUUGUAAUUACUCAUGUUUAUUGUAUUCUGCGUGUAAAAAUAUAAAUAUGUGUAAAUAAAGUUUAUUGAUGUACGU